AAUUUCAAAGUUAAUUUUAGGACACGUGAUCUGUGGCUGUCAAUAGAUUUGACAGGCCCACUUGCUGUUAUAUGAUACUAGCAUCUAUAUUAUGUCGAUGAUAGCCUCCCCGAAAGGCACUCGUUCUUAAACACGACGUGUUACAUUUUAGUUCGAUGUGAUAAAAGAAGCCGCCUGAGGUUCGUGGACGCGCACUUGGUACGCUUAGGCGCGUCCACGUCUUUAUGGGAAAGUCUCAAUGGGAAAGUCUUUCCCUUUUGGAUUAGCUGGAGAGGCUAGAGCUAUCUAGUUUCAGUCUCAGGUCCGACUAGAAAACUCACUCGAAUAGGUGACGUUUUCUGCCAAAUGUGAAGAUGUGAUUUCGGUCCAUAUUAAGCUGUUAUGCUGAGAUGUCCGUUUUUGCUUCGUUUGAACUGGACUGAGGCGUAGCUUGCUACAGAUACUAACAGCUGGAUGGUGGUACUUAUGCUAAGCUAGUGACUGUCUAUUGCGGUCUGCCUCGGUGCCUGCCUCGGGAGUUAGCUAAACUAUCGUAGCAUAACAUUUAGCUAUCUCAAUGUUUUUGAGGGAUGCACACCGUCUUAAUCACUAGGGUAUUACGAUGUUAUUCACACCAACCUCAGGUUGUUUCGUCGUCUGGGGUUUGUUAUAAUGCGACGUUUUGGCUUGAACGGGGGAGCAUUUUGGAAUUGGAAUAGCGGUAACUUCGCUGUGGAAUGCUAAUGUUGCCGAAUACGCUUUAAAAUAAGAAUGGAGCGGAGUUUGGGGGCAUCAGCUGUUGGACUUCUGCCCUCCCCCCUAGGAAGCCAUGACGCAGGGGACCAAACUCUGAGGGGUGAUGACAUCAUGGCGGAAUUGGCCAGGGGCCUCCACCCCCGAGAGAGACCUGACUGGGAGGAAACCAUCAGUGCCAUGGCGCGGAGUGCUGAGGUUCCUGAUCUUCGCGCUAGCAGCACUACCAGCUCUACCAGCACUACAGCUGGCAUGAAGGUCAAGACCGCCAAGAAGUUAUCCUUCAGUAAGGGACAUUUUCCAAAGCUUGCAGAAUGUGCGCAUUUCCACUAUGAGAAUGUGGAUUUUGGAACCCUACAGCUUUCCCUUGCUGAUGAGCAUAGUGAAGUCACACGGAAUGGCCUGGAGUCCAAGGAGUGUGUGUACCUGGUACAGAUACACUGUCAGGGCCGAAAUUGGAUAGUUCGCCGGAGCUAUGAAGACUUCUGCAUUCUGGAUAAGCAUCUUCAUUUGUGCAUCUAUGACAGAGGCUACUCACAACUAGCAGAGCUGCCCAGUGACCAGCCGGAGGGAGUUUCCCAGAUGCUGAUUGGCUAUCUCACCCGUCUGUCGGCCAUUGCCGACAACAAGAUCAACUGUGGGCCCGCCCUUACCUGGAUGGAAUUGGAUAAUAAGGGCAAUCACCUGCUGGUCCAUGAGGAAUCCUCCAUCAAUGUCCCUGCCAUUGCAGCUGCACACGUCAUCAAGCGCUACAACGCUCAGGCACCCGACGAGCUCUCCUUUGAGGUGGGGGAUAUUGUGUCUGUGAUCGAUAUGCCACCAAAGGAGGACACCACCUGGUGGAGAGGAAAGCAUGGAUUCCAGGUGGGCUUCUUUCCCAGUGAGUGUGUCGAGCUCAUCAAUGACAAAAUUCCCCAGUCAGUUACCAACUGUGUUCCGAAGCCAGCAUCCCCUGGUGUUCGGCCGGCUUCCUGGUACCUCUUCCCACCCUAUUUGGAGAUGGAGACAGUCAUACAGCAGGACACAAACAUGAACUCAGUGUCUAAGAAGCACGGGAAGCUGAUCACGUUCCUGCGCACCUUCAUGAAGUCUCGGCCCAGCAAGCAGAAGCUCAAGCAGAGGGGCAUCCUAAAGGAGAGGGUGUUCGCCUGCGACCUGGGGGAACACCUGCUCAACUCAGGACAGGAUGUUCCUCAGGUGCUUCGAAGUUGUGCAGAGUUCAUCGAGAAACAUGGCAUUGUGGAUGGGAUCUACAGGCUAUCUGGAAUUGCAUCAAAUAUCCAGAAGUUACGGCAUGAGUUUGACUCCGAGCUGAUCCCAGACCUGACUAAAGAGAUUUACAUCCAGGACAUCCACUGUGUGGGGUCCCUCUGUAAGCUCUACUUCAGAGAACUGCCCAACCCGCUGCUCACGUACCAGCUCUACGACAAGUUCUCCGAGGCUGUUUCCGCAGCAACAGAUGAUGAACGUCUCAUCAAAAUUCAUGAUGUCAUUCAACAGUUACCACCCCCACACUAUAGGACGUUGGAGUUCUUGAUGAAGCAUCUGUCCAGGUUAGCCACCUUCAGCUCCAUCACCAACAUGCACGCCAAGAACUUGGCCAUCGUCUGGGCUCCCAACCUGCUCAGGUCUCGCCAGAUUGAGUCGGCAUGUUUUGGGGGUCCUGCUGCCUUCAUGGAGGUGAGGAUCCAGUCUGUGGUGGUGGAGUUCAUCCUCAGCCACGUGGACAUGCUCUUCGGACCCAAACUCACAGGCCAGAGUGGGGUGUCGCGGCCCAAGUCGGUGCUGGGUGGGGGCUGGUGUGCGUCGGCGCGGCUGCUGUCCCUGGAGGAGGCCCAGGCGCGGACACAGGCCCAGAUCUGCAGCCCCAUCACCCCCCACAGCCGCUACAUCGAGGUGGGAGAGGGGCCCGCCGCGCUGCUCGGCAAGUUCCACACCGUCAUCGACUUCCCCACCCGACAGCGGCAGCCCAUCAAAUCCAGGAAGUCUCCAGUGGGUAGCUGGCGCUCCUUCUUUAGCCUGGGGAAGUCCUCUUCAUCCUCAUCCUCCUCUUCAUCAUCCACAAUCAACAAGAGGAAGCUGAGACGCAACCCCAGCGAGCCUACGGAACUCAAGUCUAUGGCUCUCACAGGAGGCCGAGGGGAGACUGGGACUCUGCGCUCAGCCAAAAGUGAAGAGUCUCUCACGUCUCUGCACAACGUAGAAGGUGAGAGUAAGAUGUACCGGCCUCGACGCCCACGCUCCAGCAGCGAUGCCCUGUCCUCGUCCUUUGGCGCCGACCUGUUGGCCGGUCAGCAGCACUGCGCCUCCUAUGACAACCUGUGCAACGCCGCUCAGCCCGGCCACCACCACCACGAGCACGACGACAGUGACCAGGACGACCGGCCCAUCUUCUGCGUGCCCGCCCUCAUCUCCUCGCCCCCCAUCGCCAUGGAGACAGACCUGGAGCUGAUGCCGCCAGAGGUUGGCAUGGCGACGCUGGACUUUGACCCCAUGUCCUUUGGACUGGGCUCCCCGUUGAUGAGUGACCGGGAGACGGCGCUCCUCUCCUCGGCAACGGAGGACAGGAUGGAGGAUGAGCAGUUCAGCGCUGCCCAGCAGAGUCCAGAUAGGAGCUACAGCGCAGCUGAGAGCACCUUUGUCACCGCGCCGUCCCCCUCUGUGGACACCCCACCCCUGUCCCCCCCUCCACGCGUCCGAUCGGCGGAGUCGGUCCGAAACGAGCCGGUCAACACUGAUCUGGGGUCGGUCCGAAACGAGCCAGUCAGCGCCAAGGUGGAGUCGGUCCAAAACGAGCCAGUCAGCGCCAAGGUGGAGUCGGCCCGAAACGAGCCAGUCAGCGCCAAGGUGGAGUCGGUCCGAAACGAGGCCCUACUACUGGACCUGAUGGGCUCACCGCUGCACACUGUCACCAUGGAGACCCAUUUCAUUCAACACCCAGCAGACCUCGACUUUACCAGAGAACUACAGCUCCAGAUAGUUUGCUGGGAGCUGGAGAAACACAGUGGCCCGGCCCAGGCGAUCCGCAGCUGUGACACCUCCCCUGUCCCGGCUCGGCGCCCGAGGACUCCCAGCUCCGCCUCCCCUGAAAGGCCCGCCCCCCCUGAGCAGAUCGACUCUCAGACUGACCCCCCCGACGUCUCAAGGGACGAUUGGUACUCCCUGCCGGACCAGCCUGCCUUGCCUCCGCAAAGCGCCACCGCAGCCACUGACAUCACUACUUCCGCUCAAGCCACACCUGUCCACCAUCAGACCACUCUGCCUGCUGUCACUCAAGUACCGUCUGCUUUCAAUGAAGCACCGCCCACUCUCAAUCAAACCACUCAUGUCAUGACCACACUCACUGAGACCACUCCCACACAAUCCACACCCACUCAUGUGAAGGCCACACCCACUUCAUCAGUUCCCGCCUCUCCUCUGUCCAGCCCGGAGCACCAAUCAGCAGCAGUGGGCCCUGCCCAAAUCUCUACUGUCCCCGCCCCCGUCUUGGAAGACCACGCCCCGCUCCCCUCCGCCUCAGCUGGCCCUUCCUCCUCUGAUGUUGCCCCCACCCAGGGCAUAACUGCCACACCAUGCUCUGCUGUUGCCACAGGCGUAUCUGCCCCAUCCACCUCUGCUGUUGCCCAGGGCGUAACUGCCUCAUCUGCCUCUGCCUUUGCCCAGGGCAUAAUUUCCCCACCCACCUCUGCUGUUGCCCAGGGCAUAAUUGCCCCACCCACCUCUGCUGUUGCCCAGGGUUAUUCUGUGUGUUUUCCAGCUUCAGGCAGCCGCUUCAGGCAGCCGUACUUUAUUUGCAUAAAGUAUUGUUGUGUGGUUAAUACAUGUAAUAUACGGGAAAUAACUGUAUGUAGUGUAUAUUUGGCCCAUUCUGGACUAUAUGUAACAGGAGUGUGUGUGUGUGUGUUCUGUGUGUGUGUUUUCCAGCCUCAGGUGGCCGUGGCCGUGCCGUCUCUACCUCACGCGCCCCCCUGGGCGUCGGAGCACCCGGUCGCCGUGCUGCAGCCGCAACCGCAGACCCCCCAACCGCAGCCCCGAGCCCCUCUGGGCCCCUCGCUGGACAAGCCCUGGGAGGCCAUCAAGCCUGUGCAGCCGUGGCUCGAGAGCGCCCCCUACCACCACCACCAGCAGCUGCAGCAGCAGCAGCAGCAGCAGCCCUCUCCGGCCGGUCCGGCGCCCCCGCCGCCCGUGCGCUCCAUCGAGAGCAAGCUGGCCACGGCCACGCUGGGUCGCGACGGCUCCGCCUACCACGCCUUCCUGGAGGACGAGGGCUCGGCGAUGACGAUGACUAUGAGCCACCGCGCUGCCCCGUGGUCGGACCUCGUGUACCCACGGCGCAGGGGUCCCGUCAGCCCCGGCGGCCGGCUACCCGCCAGGCCUCGGGUUUACCCUCACCCUGGGCCGAGCCCGCUGCCCAUGAGCUCGCCCGAGAUCGGUCGGGGGCCCGCCGAUCUCAGAACUGAGGUUCCGCCGCCACAGGCGUCGUCGGACGAGGAGAUGUUCUACUACCAGCGCUCGGCGCACCGCUGCCGCGGCUACGCGCCACCAGCGGCGGAACCGCCGGACUACCACGUCACCCGGCUGCAGCCAUUCUUCGAGAACGGCCGGGUCCAGUACCGCUACAGCCCUUUCACGGGCAGCUGGCGGCCGGGACGCCGCCCUGCCACGAGCUGGACCGUCGCCCGGCUGCGCCUGCGCCACUCCUUGGAUUCGGGGCGGGACCGUGAGGCGAGUCGGGCGUACCACUACCUGCUGCACCAGCGCCACUCACCGCAGCCUCCGCACCACGCUGCCGGCGUGCGGGAGCACGGCUUCGUGAGCCGCGACAUGCCCCCCGCGCACCUGCACGCGCCCCAGGGACCGGGCGGGGCCUGCCUGCCGUCGUGGGAGGCCCAGGAGGAGGCGGAGCACCUGCGCGGCCACUCCCUCCGCCGAGAGAGCCGCGCGCGCCAGCGCCUCAAGGGCCCCGUGCUCUCCCAGUACGACAACCUGGGCCCCUACAUGCCCCCUGAUGCCCCCGCCGGACCCCCGCACACGCCCGCCACAGAGUCGCUACAGCACCUGCGCAGCAAGUCGGACCCGGGCAAGGAGGCGCGCUACAACGUCACGCCGGAGGCGGCCGUCCCGCGCUCACUCACCGCUGACCCUGACGCCUUCCUCUACAUGGAGACGGAGAAGCACGCACACGCGGGGCCCCGCCCGGCCGGACCGCGCUCCCACACGCCCUCCUCCCAGCCGCACGGCCUGCAGCACGUUCCGGAAGCCUCGCGGCUCAGCGACGCGGACCGCGCUGCCCACCGAGGAGGCCGGAGCCCCGAGGGCGAGUCGCUCCAGAGGGUGACCGCCACCGUGACGCCCAAACCCGAGCGGAGCCACAGCCGAGGGCCCUGGGGCCCGGAGCCGGACCCUCACCCACGGCCCCCGCAACGCCACACCCCCUCCGGCGUCCCGUCCCACUACGACAACCUGGAGGAGUAUCGGCCCCCGGCAACGACCCAGACCCAGACCCGGCCCGCACCCAAGGACCCGCUGGCCAGCCGGGGGGGCGCAGCACUGUUCCCUGGACAGGCCUUCGGGCACGGGCGCGGGGGCAGAGCCUACUCCACCGCGUUGGGCCAGGGGGCCUUCAUUCAGACCGAUGCCCCCCUGCACAGGCCCGAGGCCGAGGUCAAGGCAGAGUGACGCCAGUGCUAGCACUGCCGACCGCUAGCACCAGCUGACUGCUAGCUCUGCCUGUAUUAACAUGAAGCUUAGGCUCGGUGUUAACACACACGCACACACACACACACCCCUAUACAUACGUAUACACACAUACACCUAUACAUACACAGAUACACAACUCUCUCUCCCAGCAGUUUAUGGUACUACAUUCGCUACAUCAGCACUAUAUCUGAAUGUAGUCACAAUAAAUCAAUAUACAGUAUAUAUAUAUAUAUAUAUAUAUAUCAGUGGAACUUUUCAGAGAUCCAGAUGACCCACACAGGGAACUCCUGUGUGCUACUGGAAACCUGACUUAUCACCCACCGUCAGUUCCAGAUGACCUGUGCUACUGGAAACCUGACUUAUCACCGUCAGGUUCCAGAUGACCUGUAGAACUGGAAACCUGUGGUACUGUUAAGUUAUCAAUGGUCAAGUGGGUUGGACAAGGGACUUUUCUGGUCCGAGAACAGCCAUGUUUGUCUUAAGAGUUUGAAUGGUUUGCUUUGAACAAACAAAUCUGUGAAAGGGCAAAGGUGAAAGGUCACACAGCCCCUGCCGGACAGUGGACUGUCUUCUCCUGAGGGUUUUUGAUGGGAGUUUUCUAUCCAGUUGUACACAUAUGAACCCUUAAUGAACUUUCUACCAAACUGAAUGUACCAUAGCAUACAUUACCCAGCUAACCACACCCGCCAUGCACCAGUGGCGUCAGCAGGUGGCGCCGAAUGGGACCUGCAGUGUGUGGUAUGCCAGCUGCGGACUCCGGAACGAACUCUGACACGGUACGGCAGGAAGAGGCAUCGAGCAGCUCUCUGCGUAGGAAUCCGGAGUCCAAUCUACUGUUGAGAGUUUUCUUCUUUGUUUUAUUUUGUUUAGUUUUAAAACAUAGUGUUAGGUGGGGCAUUGAAAUGGUGAUUGAUCAGUUUACAUUUCAGAAAUGCAUGCUCUCUUGUUUACAGAACCUCUGUGUGUAUGUGUGUGUGUGUUGGCCUGCUCUUUGUGUUUGUACUGGACGUUACAGUGCACACUGUGCAGAAGGGAGAAGCUCUGCCCCCCGGUGAAGAUUGGGGGGGGGGGGGCACACACACCUCAAACACUGGACACUGGGACUAAGGGUUGGGGGGGGAUUUCUUCAUUUUCUCAAUGGUCAUUUUUUAGUGUUUAUUGGAUUUCUUUCAAAGAGCCUCUCAAUCCGCAGAUGCGCCUCAGUGUGUGUUUGGGGGUGUUGGAGCUCUCUGUGAAGAAGGACCAAACGUUCUGGUUUGAAUGCAGGGGCGUGCUGGUUUGAAAGCAGUCUAAUGCUUGGGUUAGGGGUCCCCUGGACAUGUCGCUGGGUGCAGUCUAAUGCUUGGGUUAGGGGUCCCCUGGACAUGUCGCUGGGUGCAGUCUAAUGCUUGGGUUAGGGGUCCCCUGGACAUGUCGCUGGAGCGCAGCAGGACAGGCUGACAGAAGUAUGCAAAAGGGUUCCACGCCACACCAGCCUGACUGCAUCUGCGUCUGCUCCCCCCAAUUGCACGCAGUCAGGGUUCCACGCCGCACCACCACAGCUGUGUCUGCGUCUGCACCCCCAGUUACACGCAGUCAGGGUUGGAAAAGGCUCAGACAGCUUGUUACCACAACACAAAUUUGCACAGAGAAGGGAUGGGUCCUGAACUUUCAGAAGAUAUAGUGGAAAUUAUUAUUCUUCAUUAAUUGCAACACAUAUUUUUGUUGUGUGUAAAAUGUUUGCACCCUGAAAGAUCCGUGUUAAAGUAGUACAUGACCUCAACCUCAUUUUGGGUACUAGCCAGCCAGACUUCUUUUCAAAAAUAUCCAUAUUUGUGUUGAUUUUCUUUUUACUUUCCCGAGAAUGUAAGACGUGUUCCAAAUCCCCUGUGUGUCGCCCGGAGGAACAGGGGACACAGUAAUAAUAUCAAGGGAACCUAUACCUAAACAAUAACCACUCAAAAUUAAAACUAUUUUAACUCUGUGGUAGAUUUAAAAAUGCAAAUGCCAAUCUUUUUUUAGCAGAUAAUGUUAAUUCAAGCUUAUUUAUGUUGAAAUGUGUUGUAAAAUUCAAAUUUGCCAAAUAGAAUAAGAGACACGAAACAAGCUACUCUUGAAACACGCAACUAAAUGUAGGUCAAGACUUGACGGCUUAAACAAGUAGGAAGGGUCAUUGUUUUUAAACAGUGUUGCCCAGGGCAACCGCCAUCCAGACUUAUCCAGACUAUAAUUUGCCAUUAAGUUGCAAUAUCAGUAUUCCACACAUAAUCACAGCCAAGAUACCUGUGGACACCUGCAUUGUCAUAGCAACACAGGUGAAGAUAGGUGUAGCAGCUCCACCCCGCCCCAUCUUAGACGGCACCAGCUGGGUCGCCAGGUAAGGAGGACACCUGGUGCGCUGGGUUGCCAGGUUGGAUGGCCACCUAGUGUGCUUUCAUGGGGACGGGCUCAGCGAGCGUGUCGUCUAGGGUCGGGGCUCUGAAUGUUGCUGGAUAUUAUUAUCACUAAAAGAUAACAGAAAAUAUAUAUACUGAAUGGAAGUGUUCAACCUUUACCAUGAACUGAAAGAUAUUUAUGCUCUAAAGUGUUUAUGUUUUCAGUAGUGCUACAUUCUCUCUAUGGUCAAUAAACGCAAAUCUACUCAGAACUAAA